CGCCGUGGAGACCGGUCUCUGGUUGACGGCGCAGACGCAGUAGGUGCUGAACCCUUCGGGCGGCGGUGGUGCAAGGCUGCUGCUGUCGCUGAGCAGUCACAAUGGAAAAUAAUCAAUGUAAUGAUGAGGAUGCCAAGAAGAGUGUUUCAAAUGAGGAGGCAUGUGGAAAUGUAGUUCAGCAGAGGGCUCAGGAAGAACUUCUCUUUCAUGAGGAAACCAUUGAUCUUGGUGGAGAUGAAUUUGAGUCUGAAGGGAAUGAGACCAUCUCAGAGGAUUCCAAUAACUUCAUAGAUAAACUUAAUGAACAUAUGAUGGAGAGUGUCAUUAUUUCUGAUUCUCCAAACAACAGUGAAGAUGACACCGGUGAACUUGGUUGCCUGCAAGAGAUUGUGGAACAAAUGGAACUCAAGGACAUUUGUAAACCAGAAGGAGAAGUGAGUAAGGAAGAAGCCCUAGGUAAUGAGAGUGAAACUGAACAUGAAGAAACACCUAAAGACAUUUCUGAUAUUGGAACAGAUGAUCAGGCAUCUUUAAAGGAAGAGUUGAUUCAAGAAGCAGUGAAAGAUGAACUGAAAGUGGGAAAUGAAGCUCUAGAUGACUCAACGCCAAGUAAUAUUGAGGAAAGUAAAUCUGAGGAGCCAAUAUCAUCACCCCUUGCCAGCAAAUCAUCUCCUGAAGCUGAACCUAUCCCUGUAUGCACCAUUUUUAGUCAAGCAAACAAUGUUAAUACUCAACCACAGUUGUUCAUACAUGACGGCUUUGAGCCUCAAAUGGUGAAGUCUCCUAGUUUUAGUAGUGUAAAUGAGGUCCCAGUGAAGUCUCAUCCACAGGUGGUUCAACCAAGUCCUAGCCUAAGUACAUUUUUUGGUGACCCUGUUAACACUAAUCUAGCUGUUGAGUUUUUUGAUUCAUUUACUACUUCCACUUUUAUUUCUGUCAGUAACCCUAAUGCAAGUUCUUCAGUCCCAGAACAAAUGUCAUCUGUUAGUACAGUUGGAGACAAUUCCAAUGACUCUGCUGACCCUACUUACUCUGUAGGAAAUGGGAGAUCUGAAGCAAGUGGUCCCUCUACAUCUUUAGAAAUAUCACAAUCUCCUAAACCAUUUUCACAGAUCCAAGCUGUUUUUGCUGGAAGUGAUGACCCAUUUGCGACAGCCUUGAAUAUGAGUGAAUUAGAUAGAAGAAAUGAUGCCUGGAUUCCCAGUGAGGAAACCAGAAAGGUUUUAAUUUCAGUAGCCACUCAGCAGUAUAGUACUCUGUUUAUAGACAAAGAGAAUCUCACCAUGCCUGGAUUGAAGUUUGACAACAUCCAGGGAGAUGCGGUAAAAGACUUAAUGCUCCGUUUCCUGGGUGAGCAAGCAGCAGUGAAGAGACAAGUUUUAAAUGCCAAUUCCGUAGAACAGUCUUUUGUAGGCUUGAAACAGCUAAUUACAAGCAAAAACUGGAGAGCAGCAGUUGACCUGUGUGGACGACUUUUGACUGCCCAUGGUCAAGGCUAUGGCAAAAAUGGGCUACCUACUAAUCAUACAACAGAUUCUUUGCAGCUAUGGUUUGUGAGACUAGCGCUGCUGGUGAAGUUGAAUCUUUUCCAAAAUGCAGAAUUGGAAUUUGAACCAUUUGGAAACCUAGACCAACCUGAUCUGUACUAUGAAUAUUACCCUCAUGUAUACCCAGGACGCAAAGGUUCCAUGGUUCCCUUUUCCAUGCGGAUUUUACAUGCUGAACUUGAACAGUACCUAGGAAAUCCCCAGGAGUCACUUGAUAGACUGCACAGCAUGAAAACAAUCUGCACAAAGAUAUUAGAAAAUUUGGAGCAGGGCUUAGCAGAAGAUGGAAGUAUGACUAACAUUACACAAGAGAACCGACAAGCCUCUGUUGAGCUGUGGAGGUCACGUCUGGGCCGGGUGAUGUACUCCAUGGCAAACUGUCUGCUAAUGAUGAAGGACUAUGUGCUUGCUGUAGAUGCAUAUCACACAGUCAUCAAAUAUUACCCAGAACAGGAACCUCAGCUGUUGAGUGGAAUUGGAAGGAUUUUUCUUCAGAUUGGAGAUAUAAAAACUGCAGAAAAAUAUUUUCAAGAUGUUGAGAAAAUGAGUCAGAAAUGGGAUGGACUACAGUACCAAAUUAUGGUUUUAAUGAACAGAGCAUUUCUCCAUCUUGGUCAGAAUAACUUUGCAGAAGCUCACAGAGCCUUCACGGAAAUUUUAAGGAUUGACCCUGCAAAUGCUGUGGCUAAUAACAAUGCAGCUGUUUGUUUGCUUUAUCUUGGAAAAUUGAAGGAUUCCCUCCGGCAGUUGGAAGGAAUGGUUCAGCAGGACCCUAAACACUACCUACAUGAGAGUGUUCUUUUCAAUUUGACAACUAUGUAUGAAUUGGAGUCAUCCCGCAGUAUGCAGAAGAAGCAAGCGCUGCUUGAGGCUGUAGCUGUCAAAGAGGGUGAUAGCUUUAACACUCAGUGUCUCAAGUUAGGAUAGUUUGUUUUCAUCUACCAAUUUUUUUUAUGAAAGGCUAAUUUUUAAAAUUGUACAUACUCUGGCUAAUAUGUAAAUGUUCCUCUUAUGAAUGAAAUGAAAUAAAAUAAAAUCUCUUUAAUUAUGAA